AUGCUGUCUGAAAUGACAUUAAUGAAGUUUGAUACAGGUGAAUUAAUUGAAGCGAAUGCUUUUCUUGGCCCAUUGGCAUUUACUUUAUUUAUGUUCUUAACUGUUUUUGUUUGUAUGAGUAUGUUUAUUUCGAUAAUUAAUGAUAAUUUUCGUCGUGCUCAACAAGACAGAAUUGAUAAUGAGGAAAUAUUUUCUUUCAUGCUAAGACGAUUUCUAUGUUGGACAGGUUUGAAAAAAGUAAGCGAAUUAGAAAGACAAGCACAAUUGGAUUCUCGAAUGCAUUUACAAUAUUUUGAUCCAAUUGAAAAUUUUCCGGAUCGAGUUGCUCAAUUAUUAGAAGUAACCAAUAGACUUUAUAUUGAUCAAAGAAAUGAAUUAUUAAGAUUACAAAAAAGAGAAAACUUACAGAUAAGAAAUGAUUAA